GAUUCCACCAUUCCUAGUGUAGCCUCUGCAUCACAUGAAUACCAGGAAAGUAGGACACUAAAAGUCACUUUGCUAAGUAGUGAGUGGAGAUCAUCAACUGAUGGGGACUUGUCAACUAUCAACCGAGAGCUGGCCAUCCAGUUAGCUAAACACCCCGAUGUGGAUGUUAGUAUCUUGCUUCCAAAUUGCAGUGGAGAGGACAGGAGCAGUGCUGAAAGUCACAAUGUGAAGCUCAUUGAAGCAGAUAAAACUCCUGGUGUAGAGCCAGUUCUUUGCCUGUCAUCUCCUCCAAUAAACCAUACAAUGGACUGUGUCAUUGGUCAUGGAGUUCAACUUGGCCGACUAGUUCCAUUCAUCAAGAGAAAUCCAAAUUACAGUCAUUGCAAAUGGAUUCAAGUUGUUCACUCUGCUCCUGAAGAAGAUGGAAUGUACAAAAACAUUUCAGAAGGAGAAAAAAGACAAAAAACAGAAAUCCAACUCUGUAAAAUGGCUGAUCAAGUUAUCACAAUUGGACCCAAGCUGGCAGAAGCUUACAAGUGUUACCUUCGUCCAGUUAAACAAGAGAAAAAGGUUUUUGACCUUACUCCAAGCAUUUUCUCUGAAUUUUUGAAAGUAAGGCAAGCCACUGAAGAAAGAAGAACAUUCUCUAUUCUUGUUAUUGGAAGUGGUGACAGCUGUGAAGAUUUCAAUCUCAAAGGGUAUGACAUAGCUAUCAAAGCAAUUGCUGAGUUGAAAGAUGAAUCCUUCAAACUCAAGUUUGUCUGUGCAGCUGAAGGAAAAGGUGAUAGUGUAGCAAAAAAGUUGCUCCAACGUGGCAUUAGUCCUAAUCAGCUUAUUGUUCGCAGCUUUGAUGAUAGCAGAAAAGUGCUGGCUGACUUAUUCUGUGAAGUGGAUCUUGCAAUAAUGCCAUCCAGGACAGAAGGUUUUGGAACAACAACUCUGGAAGCAUUAUCUGCUGGUCUGCCUGUACUUGUCAGUGGUAAUUCAGGACUUGGAGAAGCUCUGAAGAAAGUGCCUUUAGGCUCACAGAGUGUGGUAGACUCUGAAGAUCCUAAAGACUGGGCUAGAGAAAUCAAGCGUAUUCGUCAGAAAGAGAGAGAAGUGCGACUUUCAGAGUCAAGUCUUCUGCGUGAAAAGUACUUGAAGAAGUAUAGCUGGGAGGAGCCUUGUAAGAGUCUUGUGAUAAAGAUGAGGAACCUUGUCUUUGGUAAAUUUUACUUA